AUGUAUAAGGGUCUACGUUCCACUUUACACCAUCGUCCUUCACUUCAUCCACGACUUUCGAACCGGUGUUUGAUCACAGCUAUCGCUGCAUUCCACCCUCGCGUAUCACCCAACCAUCUAAUCCCACCUUCGGCAUCUGCACGAGGCAUCAGGAUGGUGUCCAAUUGGCCUAAAGUGACCAAAGAGAAUCCUCUUGGAUUGGAUGACCCCACUUUGCUCAUUCAACAUGGCAUCAUCAACGGUCAAUAUAUUGAUGCUGAGGAAACGUUUGCUGUUGAUGAUCCUGCUACAGGAAAGAUCAUCGGACAUUGUCCCGAUAUGACAGCAGAAGAUACUCGCAAAGCCAUUGAUGUUGCUCACAAGGCAUUCAAAUCUUAUCGUACUACCACCCCCAACCAACGACAAGCUCUUCUUCUGGAGUUUUACCGACUGUAUCAGGAGAAUAUCAAAGAUAUUGCAAGACUGAUCGUUUGGGAGAACGGGAAAUGUUGGAACGACGCUUUGACAGAGGCCAACUAUGCUGGUAGUUUUAUAUCUUGGGCGGCUGGAGAAGCUGUGAGGGUUUAUGGAGAAGUCGUCCCUUGUUCUUUACCGGGAGCGAAAAACUUUACCAUCAAGCAACCUAUAGGUGUUUGUGCUUUGUUGGUUCCAUGGAACUUUCCCGCAGCAAUGAUCGCCAGGAAAAUCGGUCCGGCACUUGCCGUCGGCUGUACGGCAGUCAUAAAGGUUCCAGCGGAGACUCCAUUCACCAAUUUGGCAAUUAUGGAACUCGCUAAAAGGGCCGGAGUUCCUGAUGGCGUACUCAACGUCAUCACCACCGACAAGCACCUCCAAGAGGUCGGUCUGGAGCUCAGUACGAAUCCUACCAUUCGCAAGUUGUCCUUCACAGGGUCCACGCGAGUGGGGAAGAUGUUGGCGAAGAAUGCCUCAGGUACCCUGAAGAAGUUGUCUCUGGAACUGGGAGGCAACGCCCCCCUCAUCAUCUUCGAAGACGCGGAUCUUCCUACCGCUGUGACGGGAGCUAUCGCCUCCAAAUUCCGCGCCUCUGGUCAGACCUGCGUUUGCGCCAACAGAAUUUAUGUGCAUGAAACGAUUUACGAUGAGUUUGCCAAGCUUUUCGUCGAGAAAGUGAAAGAUUUCAAAGUCGGUCCGGGAUUUGACGAAGGGGUGACUCAUGGUCCAUUGUUCCACCCUCGUGCUGCGGACAAAGUUCAAAGUCACGUAGACGACGCCGUGUCCAAAGGUGCUCGAGUGUUGAUCGGGGGUAAAAGAGGAGAGAGAAGUUUUUAUCAACCGACGGUGUUGGCAGAUGUGACGGAGGAUUGUCUUCUCACGGGGGAGGAGACAUUUGGACCUUUGGCAGCGCUGAUCAAGUUUUCAUCGGAGGAAGAGGUAAUUGAACUUGCCAACAAGGCGGAAGUGGGCCUAUCAGGUUAUUUCUUUACCAAAGACACUGAUAGGAUUUGGAGAGUCGCCGAGGCGCUUGAAGUUGGGAUGGUAGGUGCUAACACUGGGAUGAUUUCUCAAGUCUCGAUACCGUUUGGUGGUGUGAAAGAAUCUGGGUAUGGGAGAGAAGGAGCACAUGAUGGGACGCAAGAGUAUCUGGUCACGAAAGCGAUCGUCUUGGUCAUUGAAUCAUUAAACAAGUAGAUAUCAAUAACAAUAUGGACCCAACAACCCCAGCUCAAACAGAUGCAAUCUCUCCUGAACCUCUUAUCCCCGUAUCAGACUCUUCCAUCCCACUCACCCCCGCUCCUGGCUUUACUCAAACCACGGACGACGUAGACGGACACACUACAACCAACCCGGAUUCCAAAUCUCACCCCGCAGUCACGGGUUUACGACAAAGGGUGAACAAAUUAUCAACUUCGGUAGAACAUGCCGCUGAACAUCCUACGGUCAAACAAGCCAGAGGAGCGGCGGGAAGACAGAUUGAACAGUUUAGAGAAAUUUUAGGUAAGAGUGAAUGGGUUAGAGAAGCUGAGAAGAGGAGUGGUGUGGAUAGGGUUUGGUUAGUUGUUGGAGGUGCUUUUGCAUACCUCCUUCUCAUCCCUCUCAACAUUUUCGGUCUCGGUCUACCAACUACAACCCUGUUGACUUUUAUCCCACCGUCGUACCUCGCUUUGGAUCUCCUUGAUCGUUCUCCAGCAGGAACGACGAACAAAGAUGAACAGAUCAAGAGUCUUUUGAGUUAUUUCGUAGUUUUGGGCUAUAUCCAGUUUUUGGAAAGUCUGGCUGCUGGUGUGUUAGCUAGGAGGAUUCCACAAUAUUACACCCUCAAACUAGUCUUCCUCGCUU